AUGGGAAGUUCAGCUGCCUCCCAGCCAGCUGCAGAAAAGGGAUCCACAGAAAAUAAAAGGCAUUGUUUGAGGAGGCAAUCUGCUAGCCCCAGAAUGCAGCAGCAAGAGCCAGCCAAGAGGGUAUCUGAAUUUGAAGAUAUAGCGAGGCAAUACGACAGUCUAGCUCGUGCUCAGGAAGAUCUUGCUCCUCCCUUGGAACACAAAUCUUGCUGCUCAAAGAGAACUUCUCUUGGAAGACCGUUGCGCAGAGCAGCCGGGAGGGUGCAGUCCUACAAACAAGUCCCUCUUAAUGUCAAGAUGAGAAGAUCAGAUUGA